CACUUCGCACUCAAGCGAACAAAACCUUUGAGAAUGUGAUAAGGUGAACAACUGGCUGUGUGCAGAGCAAGAACCUUGAGCAGUUGUAAUUUGGCUGUUGGCGAGUGCGGACGAAUUUCAGCUCUGACAUGAUGAUGAGGGCGGUGCUGGCGCUGGCCCUGAUGGGCGUGGCGUGGGCGGAGUUGGCUCCACCCGAGAGAUCCUACAAGAUCCUGAUGCUGUUGCCAGUAUCCUCGAAGAGUCACAGAAAUGUCUUCUUGCCGGUCGCCGAGGCUUUAGCCGAUCGAGGACACAAGAUUGUGAUGCUGGUCAACCACCCGCCGGCGUUGAAGCACCCGAACGUCGAGGAGAUCAACCAUGAACUGCCCGAUUUCAGGGAAGAAAACCUGAACAUGUUCGAGACACGAGAGAACCCGGCUGCUGCGUUCGGAAUGUUCGAAAAGGCUCUUCCUGCCAUCGCCAAGAAGCUGUACAAGGUUCCGAAGGUUAAAGAACUCUAUGACAAAAGAAAGGAGUUUGAUCUCAUAAUUAUCAACCAUAUGUUUAAUGAGGUUGCGUACCCCUUCGCCCACGAGAUGCCCUUCAUCACCAUAGCAACGCCAGGUAUGGACUACCGCCAGAGCGCUGUCUUGGGCAACGUUUUGAAUCCUGCUUACGCUCCUAACAUAAUGAAGUCUUACCCAGUACCUAUGAGCAUGCUACACCGCAUCGCCAAUACGAUACAACACAUCAUGUUUGCCUUUCAUUGGCGCCACUGGAGUAUCGUUCCGCCCGUACAGAAAGAGAUUUCGGCCCAGUUCCCGGACCUCCCGCUACUGCUGGACAUUGAACGUAACCAAAGCCUUGCCUUGAUGAACUCCCACUUCACAAUGAACGAUGUUCUGCCUCUGCUGCCGUCCCAGGUGGAAGUGGGGGCCAUGCACUGCCGUCCUGGCAAGCCCCUCCCUGAGGAUUUAGAGUCCUGGAUCAGCGGCGCAGGAUCAGAGGGAGUCGUGUACUUCAGUCUCGGCUCCGUGGCUCAAGGUCAGUCGAUGCCCAAGAACCGAGAUAUAUUCGUGGAGGCCUUCAAGCAGCUCAAACAGAGAGUCAUCUGGAAGUACGAGGUGGCGCUGGAGGGCGUCUCUGACAACGUGCUGAUGCGGAAGUGGCUGCCGCAGCAGGAUAUUCUCGCUCACCCAAACGUCCGGGUCUUCAUCACCCACGGAGGACUCCUCAGCACUCAGGAGUCCUUCUACCACUCCACGCCAGUCCUCGCGGUCCCCAUCUUUGGCGAUCAGCCCAAGAAUGGCAUGAACAUACAGAACAACGGCCUCGGUCUGAUGCUGGUGUGGGAAGAGCUGACGGUCGAGCUCCUCGUCAACAGUCUCCAGGAAAUCAUCUCGAAUCCCAAAUACAAAGCCAGGGCCGCAGAGGUGCAGGGUCCCCUCCGUGACCAGCCCGACAGCCCGAAGGAUCGCGCGGUGUUCUGGACGGAGUACGUGAUCCGGCACAAGGGCGCCCCCCGGCUGCGGUCUCCGGCGGCGCAGCUAUCGUGGGUCGAGUUCCUCAUGCUGGACGUGCUGCUGGCGCUCCACGUCACUGUGUUCGUGUUGGUGUACUUGCUCCGCCGCCUUCUGGGAGCCAUCUGCUCGCGAGUCUUCGGGUCCCGGAGCACAGGCAAGAAAAAGAAGAGGGAAGCUCGCUCUGCAGUGGGCCUAUCACCCGUGUGGAUACAAGUUAAAUAUGUGUGCCCAGUGGCAGCCGAGUGCCGCUGGGGACUGCUCGACCUGAGAAUAUAUCAGGUCUUACGUAAAUGGAAGCCACUCAUGUCCAGAAUUAAGGUCAAAGGUAUCUUAGACGAGAUUCAAGUUCAUUUCAUCUCAAGACCGAUAAAGGUGACGUCACUGAAGAUGGAGUCCCGGUCGAGGACUAGCUACAACAAAGUCAUAGUGAUUCAUGCUGCUACAGUUGUCAAGUCGUUGGGAAUGAAUCAACACAGUCAAGUCCUCUUUGAAAUACAGGAUCGCAUUACCACAAUACACACCGACCCUUACGCACACUCCAUAGUCAAGGACAACGCCCAAAUUUACUCUGAAGAGAAUAAAAUGAGGGCAGCGGUGCUGGCCCUGGCACUGGCGCUGACGGGCGUGGCGUGGGCGGAGUUGGCUCCACCCGAGAGAUCCUACAAGAUCCUGAUGCUGUUGCCAGUAUCCUCGAAGAGCCACAGGAAUGUCUUCAUGCCGAUCGCCGAGGCUUUAGCCGAUCGAGGACACAAGAUUGUGAUGCUGGUCAACCACCCGCCAGCAUCAAAGCACCCGAACGUCGAGGAGAUCAACCAUGAACUGCCCGAUUUCAGGGAAGAAAGCAUGAACAUGUUCGAGACACGAGAGAACCCAACUGGUGCGUUCGGAAUGUUCGAAAAGGCUCUUCCUGCCAUCGCCAAGAAGCUGUACAAGGUUCCGAAGGUUAAAGAACUCUAUGACAAAAGAAAGGAGUUUGAUCUCAUAAUUAUCAACCAUAUGUUUAAUGAGGUUGCGUACCCGUUCGCCCACGAGAUGCCCUACAUCACCAUAGCAACGCCAGGUAUGGACUACCGCCAGAGCGCGGUCUUGGGCAACGUCUUGAACCCUGCGUACGUACCCCACUCGAUGAAAGCUUACCCUCUUCCUAUGACUAUGUUACGUCGAUUCCUCAAUACCGUAGCACCCAUCAUGAUUGCCGUAUACUGGCGUCACUGGAGUAUCCUUCCGCCUGUUCAACAGGAGAUUUCGGCCCAGUUCCCGGACCUCCCGCCCUUACUGGACAUUGAACGUAACCAGAGCCUUACCUUGAUGAACUCCCACUUCACAAUGAGCGAUGUUCUGCCUCUGCUGCCGUCCCAGGUGGAAGUAGGGGCCAUGCACUGCCGUCCUGGCAAGCCCCUCCCUGAGGAUUUAGAGUCCUGGAUCAGCGGCGCAGGAUCAGAGGGAGUCGUGUACUUCAGUCUCGGCUCCGUGGCUCAAGGUCAGUCGAUGCCCAAGGAAUACCGAGAUAAAUUCGUGGAGGCCUUCAAGCAGCUCAAACAGAGAGUCAUCUGGAAGUACGAGGUGGCGCUGGAGGGCGUCUCUGACAACGUGCUGAUGCGGAAGUGGCUGCCGCAGCAGGAUAUUCUCGCUCACCCAAACGUCCGGGUCUUCAUCACCCACGGAGGACUCCUCAGCACUCAGGAGUCCUUCUACCACUCCACGCCAGUCCUCGCGGUCCCCAUCUUUGGCGAUCAGCCCAAGAAUGGCAUGAACAUACAAGACAACGGCCUCGGUCUGAUGCUGGUGUGGGAAGAGUUGACGGUCGAGCUCCUCGUCAACAGUCUCCAGGAAAUUAUCUCGAAUCCCAAAUACAAAGCCAGGGCCACAGAGGUGCAGGGUCCCCUCCGCGACCAGCCCGACAGCCCGAAGGAUCGCGCGGUGUUCUGGACCGAGUACGUGAUCCGGCACAAGGGCGCCCCCCGGCUGCGGUCUCCGGCGGCGCAGCUAUCGUGGGUCGAGUUCCUCAUGCUGGACGUGCUGCUGGCGCUCCACGUCACUGUGUUCGUGUUGGUGUACGUGCUCCGACGCCUUCUGGGAGCCAUCUGCUCGCGGGUCUUCGGGUCCCAGAGCACAGGCAAGAAAAAAGCAGAAUGAGGGAUUUUUUAAUGGUUCUUUAAUUUAAUUUGUGACUCUAAUGCCUGUCUUUAUUUUCACAUACAUGUGUAUCUUGAUGGCAAAAAAUAUAUUUUUUACGUACACAGUAUUAAAUGUACUUAAUGGCUGCAACUGUAAUUCUUUACCUUGUAAUAAAGAUACUGAUACGGUGCA